GUGGUUUAUUGCCAAUGCCUUUGUGGCUGACAUUUUGUUGUGAUGAUAGAAUGUAUUUCAGUUGGUCGACGCCGUGCGUCAACAUCCCGUUUACUGUAUCUUGCGGUUGCUGCUAAGAUUCCUGAUCAACGGGGACUUUUAUUUUGAAAUGCGUAUUAACGUUUUGCCGUCGGAAGGAGACUCGUGUGUAGUGACUAAAUCCAUUAUAGCCACGAGUAUGUCGGAAAGUGCCGUCCAGAAAAAGGAAAAACUGCUCUCAAAGGAGGUCGAGGGAAAACUUGACUGGAAAAAACGGAAAGCUGAACGAAAAGAAGAGAAGAAAAGGCGAAAAGAAGCUAAGAUUAUUAAACAGCUUGAGAAGCAAAGACGAGAUGAAGAACAGAAAGCAGAGCAGUUGUUACAAGAACAAGAAAGGAAGACGAAAGGACGGCCGUACACGAUGAGCAUCGCCAUACCCGGGUCGGUGAUGGACAACGCCCAGUCUCCAGAACUGCGCACCUAUCUUGCGGGUCAGAUCGCUAGAGCCUGCGCAGUAUUCUGUGUGGAUGAGGUCGUCGUAUUUGACGAACGGGGAGAGGAUGCCAAGAGUGUUGAAGGAGAAUUUAAGGGUAUUGGGAAAAAAGGACAAGCUUGUGUGCAGCUUGCUCGUAUCUUGCAAUAUUUGGAAUGUCCACAGUAUCUGCGCAAAUCUUUUUUUCCGAAGCACCAUGAUCUACAAUUUGCUGGGUUGUUGAACCCUUUGGACAGCCCUCACCACAUGAGGGUGGAUGAAGAGGCGGAGUUCCGAGAGGGUGUGGUUCUGGACAGGCCAUGUAAAACUGGAAAGGGCUCCUUUGUCAACUGUGGCAUGAGGAAGGAGGUGCAGAUUGAUAAGCAGUUGCAGGCUGGGUUGAGAGUCACCGUUUCCUUAAAUAAGGUCCAGAAUACAGAAAGCAAAGUCUACAAAGGAAUUGUGGUGGCACCUCACGUUCCUCAGACGGAAGGCGGGUUUUACUGGGGCUACACCGUCCGUCUCGCCUCCUGUCUCAGUAGUGUGUUCACUGAGUGUCCACAUAAAGAAGGCUAUGAUCUGACCAUCGGUACAUCAGAAAGAGGCAGCAACAUUGACUCUGUGACUCUACACCCUUUUAAACAUUUGCUGGUAGUGUUUGGGGGACUGCAGGGCCUAGAGGCCAGUGUAGACAGUGACCAGAAUUUAGAUGUCACUGACCCCAGUGUGCUGUUUGACCAUUACCUCAACACCUGCCCCAACCAAGGAAGCAGAACCAUCCGCACUGAGGAGGCGAUCCUAAUCUCUCUGUCAGGCUUGAGACCGAAAAUUGCCUCAGUGUUCAUGGAUCACAAAGUGUGAUUGUAGGAGGCUACAUUUCAUUACUGACUACUGGAGAGGGUGUGGUAUUUUCAGGAGAGCUCACUGAGGAUCAGACAGAAGAGCAAGCUCAAGGAGGACCUUUGAUAUUUAUGUUAAUGUGCUUCAGGGAUCAAUGCACAACUUCACAACUUAGUGCAUUCCAUGUUCUGUGUCUGGUAUUGAGAAACCUGAACAGCUGCACUAGUACCUGGAGCUAAACUGAAACUAUUUAGUUUUAGUACAAGUAGCCUUGUCAUCCUUACAAAAGUGAACAGUGCAGUUUUUGUACCUGUUCCUGUUGUAGUAAGGAAUUCUAAUCAGACUGCAUUGCAUUCCUCUCUGUGUUUUGCAAAUGCUUUCUUCAUGUCUGUGCUUUUUACUGGGAUUUUUGGAUUCUUACCUGGUAAUGUGAGGUAACAGGGAGUCAGAAAUGAACACUUCAAAUAAACUGCAAUUUGUUUUUGUAACAUUUUGUAAGAGCAGUAACAUUUCCACCCAAGGUACUGAAUUGUGUGCGCUCCCUUGUGUUCUGCAGUCAGUGAUGGGGUUCUUUGAGAGAACGUACAUUUCAGCAUGAACUUCCUCUGUUCCCCUUAGAACUUCUGUGCUUCCUGUUGUUUAACACUUUUUAAAAGGUUUAUCGACAGUGUAUCGAAUCCACAUUCAUUGCUGAGUGGAAUUCCCAUGAUUAUGUAUUCCAUAUAAUGUGAUUUGUGGUGUAAAUUAUAUGGUGUAUAUUAUAAAUGUUUAAGACA